UCGGCUGGUGUCCGCUCCGCAGAGUCACCUUGUCCCGGCUCCUGCUGCAGCUGUUCCGGGGACAGAGCAGAGAACCGUCCGGCUCAGAGGCACACAGGCAGCGGGAAUCUAACCUCCGAGCCACCUGGAGGAAACAUGGCGGCGACAAAGCCGAAGACUUCUCCGAAGGCCGUUAAGUUCCUGUUCGGGGGCCUGGCCGGGAUGGGUGCGACAGUGUUCGUUCAGCCGUUGGAUCUGGUGAAGAACAGGAUGCAGCUCAGUGGUCAGGGAACGAAGGCCCGAGAAUAUAAAACCAGUUUCCACGCUCUCUUCUCCAUCCUGAAGAACGAGGGAGUGACGGGCAUCUACACCGGUCUGUCGGCUGGUUUGCUGCGUCAGGCGACGUAUACGACGACUCGUCUGGGCAUCUACACCAUCCUGUUUGAGAAGAUGACGGGGGCUGACGGACGGCCGCCAAACUUCCUCCUCAAGGCUCUCAUCGGUAUGACAGCUGGAGCUACAGGAGCAUUUGUCGGGACACCAGCAGAGGUCGCUCUGAUCCGGAUGACAGCUGACGGGCGUCUACCUCCAGACCAGAGGAGGGGCUAUAGCAACGUUUUCAAUGCUCUCGCUCGAAUCACCAGAGAAGAAGGCAUCGCCACGCUGUGGAGGGGGUGUGUUCCCACCAUGGCUCGAGCGGUGGUGGUGAACGCAGCUCAGCUGGCGUCGUACUCUCAGUCCAAACAGGCGCUGCUCGACUCAGGGUAUUUCGGGGACAAUAUUUUGUGUCACUUCUGUGCCAGUAUGAUCAGCGGCCUCAUUACCACGGCAGCCUCCAUGCCCGUCGACAUCGUAAAGACCAGGAUUCAGAACAUGAGGAUGAUCGACGGGAAACCGGAAUACAAGAACAGUUUGGAGGUGCUGGCGCGUGUGGUGGGCAAAGAAGGGUUCUUCUCGCUGUGGAAAGGUUUCACUCCGUACUACGCUCGUCUCGGGCCUCACACCGUCCUCACCUUCAUCUUCCUGGAGCAGAUGAACCGCCUCUACAAGACCUACGUCCUCGACCGCUAACGCACAACACACGCACAACAAAGACCCACACAGACAACAACCAAACGUGUCACCUCCUCAUACCUCAAACGUGGAGUUAGAAUUUACACACAAACACAAACACAAACACACUCUCUCUCUCUCUAUUUUAAAUGGAAAUUCUUUUUGUAAAGAAAAGAAUGUAAACUGAAUUUAGCUCACACAUCGUUUCGUGAUGUUUAAUAAAAUUAAAGACGAGUCUUAUUUGUAGAAUUGUGACCCUGCCCCCUCCUAACAAUACACAGCAUCAUGAUCGGUAACCGUGGUUACAGGUCUAUUGAUGGAGGAUCAAUAAAUAAAUAAACUGUCUCUUUGUCUUUGUGAAUAAAACGUUGACGUCUGAAACUUUAAA